AUGUAUAAGUCUGUUCAUAUCUAUCUAUCUAUCUAUCUAUCUAUCUAUCUAUCUAUCUAUCUUCCUAAGCCUGUUCCUUGGUUAUUGUAUCUAUAUUUUCUUUUACAAUGUCUUUACUUUUUCUUUUUCAAUCUCUACCUCUCUCUCUCUCUCUCUCUCUCUCUCUCUCUUUCUCUCUUCCUUCUUUUCUAUUCCUUCUCUAAUAUCCAUUUCUUUCUCUUUGUUUCUUUAAGUUCCUUCUGUUCUACAUUUUCCUGUCUUUCUUCGCCUACUUUUCUUCCGUUCUGUUCUCUUAUCUGCAUAAAAUUCUCCUUUUCUUUUCUAUAUUUUCUCUUACUCUUCAUUUCCUUUCUAUUUUCCUUCAUUACUAACCCUUUUCUAUUUUCCUUCAUUACUAGCAUCAUUCUAUCUUCCUUCUUUACUAACAGUAUUCUAUCUUUCUUCAUUACUAACUCCUUUUAUUACCCAGUUCUAUCUUCCUUCAUUACUAAACACUUUCUAUCUUCCUUCUUUACUAACUCUUUUCUAUUUUCCUCCAUUACUAGGCCUUUUCUAUUUUCCUUCAUUACUAACCCUUUUCUAUUUUCCUUCAUUACUAACCCUUUUCUAUUUUCCUUCAUUACUAACCCUUUUCUAUUUUCCUUCAUUACUAACCCUUUACUAUUUUCUUCCAUUACUAACACCAUUCUAUCUUCCUUCUUUACUAACCUAACCCUUUUCUAUUUUCCUUCAUUACUAACACCAUUCUAUUUUUUCUUCUUUACUAGCCCAGUUCUAUCUUCCUUCAUUACUAACAGCCUGUAUGAUUUUUCCCAGCUAUUUUCAUUUUUUCUUUUCUUCUUUUCAGUUGACCUCUCUUUAUAUUUCACUUUUUUCUUCUUUACUCCCCCCCGUGCCAAUCUUUUAUUUUGCUUUCCUUCUUUUUCCUUCCCAUCCUUACUUCCAACUCCGUUUUACUAUAUUUCACCUCAUUUUUCUUCUUCUUAUUUUACAUCCCUUCCGCUUCUUAGUUUGCCAUUCCCUUUUCUCGUCAGUCCCAUGAUGUUUCUUCUGCUGGUUGUCGAUUUUCUUUUUCUUAAUGAUUUUCCAUUUUCUUUUCGAUCUUUUCCUCCCGACAGCGUUGUUUCGUUAAUUCGCCAUCUCUCUCUCUUUGUUUUUUUUUUUUCUUUUAUCGAUUCCUGCCGACCCUUUCGUCCUUUCAGCCUUCGAUCUCUACCUUUCUGUUCUAUUCUCAUUUUUCUCUUCUUUUUAUUCUUCGCCUUUGCCGUCUUUUCAAUUUCAAUCUCUUUCUUCCCUGUGUUUUCCCUUUCUUUGCCAAAUUAA